AUGCCUGCCGGCGUACCCCCACUCGCGUCCUCCGGCGUCUUCAGCGUGGGCGCCGCGCUCGUCAUCGACGCGCCGCGCGACGCGGUGUGGGCCGCGCUGCUCGACUUUGCGGCGUACAAGGAGUGGAACGCAUUCGUGUACUCUCUUUUCUUUUCUCCCCCCUUGGUAGUAUUUCUCACGCCCCCCAGCCGCAACCAGACUGUCCUGUCCCCCUCCGGCGCGCCGUCCCCCGACCCCCCCGCGGCGGGCCACACGCUGCUGAUCUCCCCCGUGCACCUCCCGCCGACGAUGGGCGCCCCGGGCCGCUUCCAGGCGCAGCAGGCGCGCGUGGUCAUCACCGCCUUGGACGCCGGGCAAUUCCGCGCGGCGUGGGAAACAGAGCCGUCGUGGCUGCUGCCGCGCUGGCUGCUGCACGCGGAGCGCUGGCAGAUGCUCACCGAGGUCGUGGAAGAUGGGAGGGUAAAGACACGGUACGAGAGCAUCGAGGUGUUUAACGGCGUUUUGGCGUGGGUCGUCAAGUGGGUGCAGGGCCGCAAUCUGGAGCUCGGCGUGAAGGCGAUGGCGGAGGGGCUCAAGCGCUGGGUGGAGGAGCCCCGUUGA